AUGCCGUCGGUGGGGCAAAAGGGUCAGCGGCUCGAUGGGGAGUCGCCGCGAGAAAACUGCAUGCGCGCGCCUGACGCAGCCGGCACUUUAGAGUCUCUUCCUGGCCCAUCUCGUUUGCCUUCUCUUCUUGUUCCCCUUCCUCCGGUCGCCCUGCACUCUUCCGCUCUCUCCGGGCGUUUGUCUUGCACGCCUCAAUUCGGCUUCACCUCGCCCUCGCUCUUUUCGUCCCCACGCUUCUCUUCCCAAGGCCGCCCUCGGGGCGCGACGCGCGCCGCCGCGCUGGCGGUGGAGGCGGUCGACCGUCUCGCGUUUCUCGCGGCGUCGGGGAGACCCUUGUCGGCUCUCCCCUGGCGACGUGCAACUUUGCAUUUGCGCGAUCAUUUAGACAGCCUGGAGUUGCCGCUGCAUGCGCCGGUUAUCGCCCAGGCAUUCGUGCUUCUCGGGUGGCAUCGGCCGCUCCGACACAGUUCUGUUCUUCUUCGUCUUCUCCUCCUCCACGUUCUGCAGAAACCUGAUGCAGCCUCCGCUAUCUACUCUGCACCAAACGCGGAAGUUGUCGAGCGUCUUGUGCAAUCUACUGCAUCUGAGCUCCUCUCCACAUCUCUAUCUUCUUCGUUCCCGCCCUUCUCUUCUUCCCAUUCACCUUCCUCAUCUUCUUCAUCUUCAUCGUCUUCAUCCUCAUCUUCUUCAUCCUUAUCUUCUCCGGUAGCAUCAUUCUUGGAGGCUGCUUCACAGUCUUCGUGCCCCGUCCCCGGCUACGUUCGCGAGCGAGAUGGAGAAAACGAGGAAACGGUAGGGACCGGAAGGCUCCUCAGCGGGGCGCAAGUCGGUGCGGCCAGCAUCGUCUCGGGCGGGUGGGCGACGGAUUUCUUUUCCGAUGAAGAUAAAAUCUGCAUUCUUCUCGGCUACCACCAAGCAGCCUGCGUGCGCCCUGUUCUGCGCUCGUUGUCGCCCAUCCUCUUCCGUUUGUUCCUCUUCUCCGACUCCGACCAGUCUCGGCUGUCCAGUCCGGCUGCCUGCGCUCCUGCUCCGCGCCCUGCUCAGUGGGUUCUGGACCUCGACAAGAAAGCGGGCGCUUUCCAGAAUACCAUUCCGCGUUUGGUGAGGGAGGACAGUUUCAAUGAUGGACAGCGCGUCCUCGAGGAGGAGAUUCGCCUUCUGGACAUGCUCGCCGCCGCCCUACCCGCCGUUCGUUCACGCCCGAGGGGACAGGGUCCCCCGGCCCAAGGAGACACUCUGGGAAGCCCCACAGAGGCGGCGAAGACGCCAGAGACCAGCGAAAACGAGGGAGAAUUAGAAAAGAAGGGGAGGCAGGACAGGACGUCGGAUUCCGAAACGCUCAGCGUCAGUCGACCAGCGGACAAAUACGGAGACGCGUCUCUUCCGUGCUUGGAAAGAGUCGUGUGGGGUUAUUUAGAGCGAUGCUGCGACCGGGCGGUGGAUUUUGAGCGAGACGCAGGCUCCCAAGGCAGACGGGAAAACCUUCCGUUUCUCCCUCUGCUCGCGACGGCGGGGACGCACAUUUUGUUGCAUUUUCUGCGCUCGGCUGAACAGACACACUUCCAGCAUGGGACUGGACACGCUACGCGGGAACGCGCGAUGUGUCCCAGGCGGGGCCAGCGAGGAGUCGCCGGAGAGAGAAGGACCGUCGGAGAUCGCGGCAACGCAACCUGCGAUCGCGCCGGCUCGUCGGCCUCUUUGCCGACGAAGCCCGCGCCUCCACAAAGACAGGAACUCUCGAUCGAAACACCAGACGACGCCAAACGCGACGCGGGAGAAUCACGUGAGUUGGAGGCUUGUGAGUCCGGCGGCGAGGGCGCGUGGGGAGUCUCCUCACUGCGUCGGCUUCGGCAGACCGCUUCUCGCCUCCAGCGGAUGCUGCUUCGGUCGUCUCUCGGCGAGUUUUCGCAUGCAGAGGCGCUCGUCGCCCUCCCCGCCGCAGCGGUCGCCCUCGACCAAGUGCAGCGCGGUGUCGCGUCUCUCCUGGAGCAAGCAGACGGAGACGAUCCUGGUGAAUCGCUUCGCGAGACAGGCCACGAACACGUGGAGACGCCGGCCCCGGCGGGGGACGGGAGAGAAGGCCCGGCAAGUGGAGGUGACAGGGCGUCCGAGGACAGGCGUUUCUUCUGGGGCGAGAGAACGGCGAGGGAGGCGCUCAGAGAACAAACAGAGGAACGGCGAGCGCUCGGGCACGCCCUCAAGGCUCGCGUGUUCCAGGAAGCCGAUCGCAGAGAAAUGAAGGCCACGCUGUUGGCCGGCGACGUCGUUGAGUGCAUGAACGCAGUCGUCAGAGUCCGCGCGGCGCGUCCCUCAACGGUGGCGCUGCUUUUGAGAACUCUCUGCAAUCGAACAGACGACUUUUCCGCGGAGCAGAGGGAAGAUCUUUCCGAGGGUCUCCGGCUUCUCCACGUCUCGCUGCAACGGCAGUCGCCGUCACAGCGCGCGCGGCCUCGAGGGCCCUUGGCCUUCUCGACGCUAGUUGGGCGCCAAAGCCGGGAGGCGAGCGACCGUGAGGACGCACCGCUCAGCCGGAGGGGCGGGGGGAGCGGGAUGCGAGGCGAAGGCGCAAGAAUCGAACGCGUGCACUCGAAGACGGUUGAGGCGUUCCCUGUGUCGCUGAUAGGUUCUCAAGAAGUUGCUUUCUUCCCAGUGGACGCGCGUGGAGCGCAUGCGCAGGCGCCGGGAGCAGCCGGGGGGGGCGGAAAGGGGCUGGGGGCGAAAGAGGAAGACGCGGUGGCGAGCGGAGAUCUGCAGCAAGUCAUUGCCUUCCUCGAAAGGGUUCGGGAACAGAAAAUCUUGGAAAGGAAACAUCGAUCUCUCAUUUCCUGGAGCAAUCGCAGGUGGUAA